AGGGGAGUGAGAGAGAGAGAGAGAGAGAGAGAGAGAGAGAGAGAGAGAGAGGAGGGAGAGAGAGAGAGAACUGGAGGGCACUUGGGUCGGGUCGCGGAAGGGUGUUGAGUGUGUCUGCGCAAGCGUUUAAGCCCCAUGGACAGCAACCGCGUGCCAGUCUCGUUUGCGACCGUUCAGAGCAUAAUGCUCUCCUCUCAUUAUUGACCGGAGGAGCUCCCGUUAUCAGCAACAGCAAACAGACGACUCACUUUUGGAUUUGAUCCAGCCUUUAUUCAUGCAGGUUAGUCUCGAUGAAAAUAGGUAGGCUAAGUAAAAAAAUAACAUUUACUCGACAUGACAGAGAUGUCCGUGGAAGGCAACCUACUCUACAUUUCAAGCGGAUUUACCUGAUCUCCUGCCCAGAACUUUCCUCAUCAGGGAUAUGGUCAUCAAGCCGCUCUCCGAGGGCUGACUCCCUCUCCUCCUCUGUCCGCCGGCGUUGGAUCCUCCAGGGUCGGGUUGCUAGUUGGCACAAGUACAUUAUAAAUGUUUUGAAAUGGGGUGAAACCAGAAGGUACCUGAACUUAUCCAGGUCAUCUAUAUUUAACCAGGACAGUCCACUUGUCAACAACCGUGACUGUUUUCCGGGGAGCAGCCUAUUUUUGUUUUUCCGUUUAAAAAAGUUUUGCUGCCAACCCAUGUUCUCCUGACUGAAGCCGACUUAGGAGGGCAGACAGGCGGACUGGUCUCCAGGAGGAUGCCUGGGCAGGAUGUGUUCCAGCCGGAAAAUUCUGUGGAGCCUGCUGCUGCUGUCAGUGUUGGAGGUGGGGCUGGGGGUCUCCAGUAUCGUCCUGGGAGCCGUUGGGCUAAGCCGGGUUAGGGAGGAACACAAACCACAGCAAGGAGAUGCUUCACCUAUCUGGAGCGGCCUGUGUUUUCUCAUCUGUGGGAUGUGUGGAGUCCUGUGUGCUAGGAAGAGGACUGGACUCAUCAUGAUUCUGUUCUCAGCCUGCUGUAUCUGUGGUCUGAUUGGAGGGAUUCUCAACUUCCAGUUCGUUCGGGCGUUGUCACGACGACCGGACUCUCUCCGCUCGCUACACCUGGCAGCCAUGACCAUUGCUUGCCUGGGUAUCUCUUCCUGUACUCUCUCUACCUGGUUGACCUGUCGUCUGGCCAGUUCAGAACAACAGAGGAUGUUUCUGGAGAGAGAACACUCACUGCACCACUCACAUGAGAUGGCUGAGAAGGAACCAUACACACACGGAUCUUUUGAGAUCCUGGACAACUCCAGCAACGGGAUUCCCCAGAUCUCCUACAACAGCAACACCACCUCUCUUUGACAACAGACACACAUUGUUGCCCUGACAACAGACACACCUUGUUGCCCUGACAAUGGAUACACCUCGUUGCCCUGACAUUGGACACACCUUGUUGCCCUGACAACGGACACACCUUGUUGCCCUAACAAUGGACACACCUUGUUGCCCUGACAACGGACACGCCUUGUUGCCCUGACAACGGACACACCUUGUUGCCCUGAUAACAGACACACCUCGUUCUGCUGACCAUGGUGUGGUAUCAUCCAACAGUGCUGAGCAGCACUAUUACACAGUUGUGUGUGGAGAACUUCAGCACAGAAAUGAACGCUCUUCUUGGACAAGUUGUUACUAGCUCCAAUAGUUCUAACAGACAGUCACAUGACCUCAUGUGCAUGCAAUCAAUUUGUAAUCUCUCUCUCUCUCUCUCUCUCUCUCUCUCUCUCUCUCUCUCUCUCUCUCUCUCUCUCUCUCUCUCUCUCUCUCUCUCUCUCUCUCUCUCUCUCUCUGGCUAUAUGAAUGCAGGUAUACUGUGUUUGAAGGAAAAAUGCUAUAGCUAUCUUGAUGUAGAGCAGAAUAUGGAAUGCUUUAAAUAUUAUAUAUGCAACCAACGAUGCAAACUGAAUAUCAGUGGUGGCCAACCAUCCUCCUGGAGAGCUACUGGGUUUGCAGGCUUAUGCUCCAGCCCUGCUCUAACACACAUAAUUAAGUUAAUCAAGAUCCUGGAGACUGAACACCAAGCCCUCAAGGAGGUGGGUUGGCUAACCCUGCUGUAUAUUCAUACUUGUAUAUCAGGAAAACAAACAUUAUCUAUGGAGUGACAAUAUGUUUCUUUAGGCUUCUAUAAAACACACAUAAAACUCUGUAAAUGUUA